UUCUCAGCAGCGGCUGUCAGUAGGCUCUUGGCCGAUGCUUCUCGGUUGCUUUUGUGGACACUGAUACCUGCAUGCCAAGAAAGUAAGCAAACCUCACUCACAAAAACAGAGCCAGGCAAGCAAUGCACGGACAUCUCCUGUGUGUGCCGUGCCUCUGUUAUGCAGUUCCUUUGACGCGUUGGUUGACCGUGCAACCAGCUCCCAAGGGCUCGAACACGUGGGCACGAAUUAUCGUACAACAUGUUGGAUGUGCUGCAUUCAUUCGUUCAUGGCUUUGUGUUGCUGGCGUUCAGGAGGUUGAGAACGCCGUGCAGCUGCUGGAGGUGCUGCUCUCACAGAACGGCACUGUCAGACAAUAUGCACGCCAGCUGCUGCUGACCAGGGUGAGAUCAACCAACAUGUUGCUGAGCCUUCUCACGUUUCCUGUCCUCUCUCUAUUCCAUUGUUUCUCAGGCCCGGCAUGCGUCUGGUGACCCCUCUCUGCGUCCAUCCACGCUGCGCCGCCUUCUGCAGGCGCUGCAGGACCACUCAAGCGAUGACCCACAGAUCGGUCAGGGGCGCCACACACACACACACGCACACGCAGCCACGCUCAUCUCUCGGGUUGUGGUGGUUUGAUGUGGUGGUUCAGACGCCGCCGUUCGUGAGCUCCAGCGGUCCGCUGCCACAUCCACAGCGGACGACUCAUCGCACCGCCGGAGGCACUCAACACCCCCAGAACCUCCCGCUGCAUCGUCAGGUGGGCGCACCACACUCGCAGUACUCAUGAACGAAUGACGGCAUUGUUCUGUUGGUGUGUCAACAGACCCCCCAGCCCUCCCCCCUCCCCAGCGAGCCGCAGCAUUCGAAUCGCAGCAUGUAUCGACGUCCACGUCCAGCCACCGAGGCGGCCCGCCCGGUCGCCUCUCGCACCCCGUCACCGUCGUCAGUGCCCCGCUGCCCACAUCCCCACCGCGCAGCUCAUCGGCAUUCAUCGAGUCGCCACGCCCGCCGCCAGAGCGGCUGAGAGGGUCCGGCAUGACUGCUGGUGUGGAGGACGGGAGAGGGGGGGCUGAUGCGCUGGGGCCGCUUCCAUCGGCGUUCCAGAUGCGCUCGUGGAAGGGGCGGGGCGGGUCGCCACGGAAGGCUGGCAAGAAACAAAACGGGGCUAAGGCUGCGGCGGCAGGUGCGGAUGUGCGCGCCAGCAGGGACUCCGCCAUGUCGACGCAGGCGCCGUCUGUGGAAUAUCCGCCACUGCAUGGCGAGGCAUCCGGUUCAUGUAAGUGAAUGAGACGAUCAGACAUGGACGGGACUGCCAUGAAAGGCUGCCUGUGUGCCAUUUUAGCGUUCUUGUCCAUCUCGAUCGACCGCCAGUCCAAGGGCGCCUUCUCUCCCCUCCCCCCUCCCCUGCCCCCUCCACCCUCAUCUCUCUCGCGUCGGCCGCGCUCACCCCGCCGUGCGGACAGCCCCCCCUCCAUGCUGCGCCCCAGCCGGCAUGACGCAGUGGUGCGCUCCUCGUCGGCCAUCAGCCUGCCGCCCUUCAGCAGGGCCGACGUCAUGGUCCCCUUCGCCCCCAUGCACGUGUUCACCACCCCUCAGACAGACAGGCGCUUGUCCAUGGCCGGGUCCCGCCGCCCAUUCCGGUCGCUGACGCCCGUGCGGGAAGAAGCUCUGGAGGACUCAGAUCCGCGCCAUCGGCUAAGGCUGGUCGCCCACUUUUUUCGAGCUUGGGCCGGCAGGGCUGUGGUGGCGAGGAGGGAGCGGCAGGCACAGCAUGUGGAGGAGUUCGUGGAUAGAAUAGCCCGAUGGUGAGAGCCACUGAGAUGCUGAAGGCGACAUCCGUGUGAAAUGGCUUGCCUUACGCGUGUGUGCGUGUGGUGCAGGGCUGUGCGUCAUAGUGGUUUCUUUCGGCGUUUGGCGGCCGUAUCAGCGGACCGUGACGGUCUCGCGCGGCUCCUUGCUCGCAUUGCUGGUGUGGAGAGGCGGCACGUGGGCACCAACACGCUCUACCGGGGUAUGAGUAACGCCGUGCUGUCAUUCACUGAUGAUAGGUGCGGCCACGACGGGCGGAGAGGAGGGAUUGGUACACACACGUGUACACAAUGUAUCGGCUGUUUGAUGCAGGAUAUCGUGGGAUCAGUUCAUGUCGGGCCACUGGCACCCUCCAGACUCGCCUGUUCCUCAGUGGUACCGAUCGCUCCUCCAGAGCGCUGCCGUCACCACACGGGCAGAGCCGGCACAGGCAGAUCGGCAUCGCGAGAUCCGCAUCUCGAGACGGCUGCGCGGCUUGAGACGUCUCCUCUGUCGGCUCAACUCAUCCACGCAGCUGGCGGCGGCCUUCGACCACUGGAGAGCCAUCCACAAGACACGGCAGGCUGCGAGGGAGUCGAUGCGGCAGGCAAUGCAGACAGCUGAGGGCCGUCAGACGAUCGACUCACUUGAGGGGAUCCCUGCUCGUGUGACGGUCCGGAGGGCCCUGUAUGCGUGGAGCCAGACGGCAGCCAGACUGAGGGGUGUGGCCUUGUUGACGGCUCGAUGCGAUAAACGUGUGCUGUGUGGUGCGUUGCGAGGGUGGCGGCGGAGGGCAUCUGUGGCGCGGAAGGGCCAGAGGGUGGUUCAGAGGAGCAGUGGGCGGAUGCUGCGGCGGGUGUUCCAGAUCUGGCUGCGGGAGUACUACAGGUGCGCUGAGUGGAGUGAUGGAAGUGUUGUGUGCACAGACGAACAUCGCUGUUCAUCCAUGGAAAGUCUGUUUGUUGUUUGUCUGUGUGCUUGCUUCAGGCAGCAAACGUCGAAUCUGAUGCUGUCGCAGCUGCAGUACCGGGGCCAGCUGUCGCGGCUCGAGGCCACCAUCCUCCGCCUCAAGGCACGAUGCACACAGCACGCCCUCAACCGCCUCGCCACCCUCCUAACGCAACGGCCCCUGCUCAAACACGCCGUCCUCCGCCUACACAGCCACGCACAGCAUGCUGCUGGGAGAGAAUCUGCCAUAAGGCGGACACUCAGGCGGAUCGUGGUCGGCCGGCGGCAUCGCAUGGAGGCGACAGCCUUCCGCAUAUGGUCAGCUCAGCUGGGCCAGCAUCGGCGGGCGGUCAUGGAUGAGCAGACAAGAGCGGCAGCGGCAGCGAGGAUGGCCCGUGUUGCCGUGAAGAUGCGCACACGGGCGGCCCAUGCAUCAGCCAGGAGGGCACUCCACAUCUGGCGAGCAGCCCUCAUAGCCCAUCGCAAGCAGCACCGGCACAUGACAGCCACGCUGCGCGCCGCAUUCAUCGCAUGGCGGCAGUCAUCUCGGCAGCAGGGACGUGUGAGGCAAGGCCUGCUGUCCCUCUGUCGUGUCACCCGCGCCCACACCCGCCGCUCCCUCCACCAGUGGCUGUCCGCCUGCGCCCUCGUGGCCAUUGAGGGGCCUAUCAACGCGAGGCUGUCGGAGAUGUCUGUUGCCCGUGAGGCCGUGGAGAGCAGAGCGGCCAGUCUCGAGGAGCAGCUGGUGCGCACUCGUGACCAGCUGCGUGACAUCAUCUCAAGGCGGCUGCGACAUCUGGUCACCCGCAUGGGGAGGGUCUUGGAGCGCUUCGCCCUUUCUUCGGCAUUCGACAGAAUAAGAGCGGCCUGUCUUGCCGAGCGGCGUGUCCAAGCUGCGGCAUCACGGCUCACACCCGCUCUAUCUCGCCCCGCCCGUCGUGCGAUGGCCAUUGCACUCGCCUCCCUGGCACUGCACGCGGAGUCCCACAUGCAUCGGCAGGCUUUGCGCGAGAAAGCGCUUCAUCGGCUGGCCAGACUGAUCAGUCGGCGUUGGCUGCAGUGGGGGUGGGAGGGGCUGCAGAGGGUGAUGGGUGCGGUCAUGUCGCACCAGGCCGCAGCGGCCAUGCGGGCCGACCUGGACAGACGGGCGCAGCGUAUAGACCACCUGCAGGCCAGCCUCAGGGACCAGGAGAAACAGUGCGAGGAGCUCCAGGUCGGUUGGGUCGGUCGGGACAUAGACAGACCAUACCCAUCACUGUUGCUCUUGUCGCCUCAGGCGUCGUUGGAGCGGAAGCGCGCCGAGGAGGCCAGCCGCCGAGCGGAGUUGGAUGAGCUGCAGAGCAACCUGCAGGAGCGGACCACAGCCCUGCAUCAGACGCGGCACGAGCUGCAGGACACCACCGACAAGCGGGAGAUAGAACGGUCAGUCCCACACACACGCAAGACGCAGACCAGACACGUCCAAAAGUGUCUGUCGAUGGAUGUGUGCAUCACACCGGUGGCUGUGCUGUCGAUUGCAUUGCGCUUUCUCUGUCUGUCAGGUUGGACGCCGAGGAUUCGCUCAAGAAGCUUCAGGACACCGUGGCAGAGCUGACAGAGGCGCUGCAGGUCCAGCAGGGGGAGCUCGAGACCACACAGCGAGCCCUCGAAGACGAACAAGCCGCUAACAGGUGGGUGACAUGCAACGCAAUGGGUAGACAGACAGACAGUGCAGGCCUUCCUGUGCUUAAUCGUUGCUCUCUGUAUGUGUGUAUGUGUAUGCAUCAGGUACCUGAUGUCCUCAGCCCAAGACGGCCAGGCCGGUCGUGUGGACCUCUUCCAGCGCCUCCAGACCCGCCGCCGCCAGGAGGAGCUCAACGAGGACGAGAAGUCGGCCUUCAUGGCCCUGAGAUACCACGCCUACCUGCGAUCCACUCUUCGUCAGACCGCAGUGGCCGCGCAUCUCAGACACCGCCGUAGGACAUUCGCAGGGCUUCGGAGGGCCGCACUGCAUGUCCGGCUAAGCAAGAUGAGACGGCGGACGGCUGUGCUCCAGCUGGCCGCCACAGUCCAGCGUGUUCACACUGCCCAGCGGCUGGCGGCCUUCGGACACAUCAAGAGCGCCACCCUCAAACGCGGCCGCACGGACGCCGCGGCACGAGCGCUGCACGGGGCCAUCUCACGACUUUACUUCCGCCACCACUGCCGCCCCGCGCUUCAGGUGCUGCGGCGGCAUGCAUCUCGCUGGCUGCUGAUGGACGCCCUGUCAGCUACACAGAGGCGUUGUGUGUAUCGGCGUGCAAUGCGGCGGUGGCGUGAGGGGCUGGCGCGUCGCAAGGCGGCGGUGAGGGUGCAGGACAUCAUGCGGCUGGGGGCACUCAGGCAGGGGCUGCAGCGACUGAGACGUUGGUGCGAGGUCAGUCUAUAAACAAACAAGGCAGACGGGCUGGCGAGGCGACAGACAGAUUCAUGACAAGUGUGUGUUUGGUCUAUGUAUGUCAGGCGUCGCGUAGCUGGGCUGUGCAGGACGUGUGCUCGCACGAGGCCACCCUCUCUCGUGUUGAGUUCCGCACACAGACUCUCCGCGUCGCCCUCACCAUGGGAGCACUCAUCGUCAGGGGUCUCUUGAGGCGGUCGCUCGCAAGGCUGCAGACACACGCACACCAGUCCCGCAUGCAACAACGGCUCGUCGACGUCACGCACUUCCCACGCGCGACUCGGGCCAUGACCAGGCGGUACUUCGGGGCGUUGCGGCGGGUGGCGAGGCGGCAGAGGGGUGCGGUGCGUUUGGUGGGUCGCUUGAGCCGACUGAUUGAGAGGGACGCCUUGUGCGUGUGGCGUGGUGAGGCGAGGGCUGUGCACAUGCGGCAGCAGAGGGCGGAGCGGCUGCACUGGAGCCUGGUGCACAUCGUCAGGCGGCGGCUCAAGAUCGUCUGGUUCGACUGGUGCUUCAGACAUAAGUAUGGGCGAAUGUAGGCAUGCAUGUCUGUGGGGGCGGACGGACACUCACGUGUGUCAUUGCUGGCGUCUGUCUGUCUGUCUGUCCAAAUGUGUGUUGGUUGUGUCAGGGUGAUGGCGCCUAAUCGCAGCACCCGUCUGCUCAACCUCUCCUUCCGCAUGCGCGCACGCUACCUGCGGGUGGCUCUCAUGCUCUGGAGGGCUGACACGAGACGGAUGGUCCAGCUGCGGCGCGUCGGGGCCAUUCUAGCCAGAUGCAUCGCAAGUGAGCCAGACAUCAGACCGGGCCAUCCCGUAUUCCCAUCUGUUUGUUUUGGGUCGAUCAUGUCUGUCUGCAGGGCGGGGCCUCCGUGUGUUGCAUCAGCACGCCCUGUCGGCCGCCACAGAGGGCUGGUCCAGGACGGCCCUCGCUCUCGUCCGCCGAUGUGACGCCUUCGUCGACAUGAUCAACCACCAGGCCGACCACCACACGGCACACGAGAGCCGCCUACUCCUCCACACCACCCUGCACGAAUGGCGCAGGCAGGCAGCCGCCAGUGCAGCGCGAAAACACGAGCGGCGGAAGGCACUUGGCCGCAUCGGGUCUGGCCUGCAGCGGGCGAGGCUGCGGCAGAGUGUCAGGCAGUGGCAGCGGGUGCUGGAGCAGUCGAGGCGGGAUGGCGAGCGUAAGGCUGCGCAGAGCAUCGUGGUGCAGAGCGAGAGACAGCGGGGGACGCAGAGCAUUGCGGCAGCAUCACGCAGCCUCCUGUCGACGCUCCGAGUGGCCACACGCAGACACCUCGCUACCGCCUUGACGCGCCUGUUUUCACACGUGAGGCACACACGGGAUGACAGGCACGCCUGCCACGAAGCAAAGGUCUGAGUGGUGCGUGUAUGCAGGCGCAUGGUGAGAGGCUUCGUGCGACCGUGUCGAGUCACCGUGAUGCCCUCGCUGCGGCCGAGAAGCGGCACGAUGAGAGUCGACAGCAGCAGAUGGCGGCCAUCGAGGCCGUGAGGGAGGAGCUCAAGCGCCUGCAGGUGGGUCCUCAUGGGCAACGAGUGCAGAAAGGCAGGUGUGUCGACGUGUCAGUCAUGCGUGAAUGUGCGUAUUCAGGAGUCUCGUGCCGAGGACCUUGAGGAGGAGGUGGAGAGGCGGCUGCAGGGGGAGAUCUCACGCAGCAACGAGCUGGAGGACGCCCUCGAGAAGGCACAACAGGCCGUCUCUUAUUGGGAGAGCGAACACAAGGUACAGCACCACCUGACACACCUGCAGGCGCGUCCACGUGUAUUCCUCCCCCUCCCCCUCUCUGUUGUGUGUCAUGUCAGCGUGAGCUGGACCGCAACGAGGCGGCGCAGACGGAGAUCUCCAAGAUCGGCAAGUCCGUGGAAUCCCUCAGACAGUCACACGCCAAGGAGCUGGCGGCCGUCCGGCAGGACCUCGACAAAGAGCGGCGCACCAACGAGACCCUAACAAAUGAGGCCUCGCAGCAGCGGCAGGCGUGUGGGUCGCUUCGCACCAGAGCAUCCGAGGCUGACGAGGCGAAGCGAGAGAAUCAGCGGCUGCGGUCUGAGGUGGAGGGGCUGAGACGGCGGCUGGAUGAGGCUAAUGAGGAGAAUGCGGCGUUGCAGGAGAGGAUGCGGGAGGAGAUAGAGCGCGUCAAGCACUUCGAGAGCUCCAUCCUUAAGGGACACAAGGACGCGGAAAGCUUCAAGAAAGCCGCUGAGAAACAGGUGCCUGACUAUAAAGCCAUACGUGUGGAUGGAUCGAUCCAUUUGAAUGUGCCUGUCUGUCUGUCUGUCUGCAGGUUGAGUCCCUGAAGCUGGCUCUCAAGGCGUCCAAGGAGAAGGCCACCCUCUAUGCCGAGCAGGUGUCUUCACUGUCCACCCAGCUGUCGGAGUCAGCCGCAGAGCACCGCAAGAAGGAGCGUGCACUUUUGGAGGAGAAGAUCCAGCUGGCCCGCACCAACCUGAGCGCCCAGGCGUCCAGCAGUCUGACCAUCGUGCCGUUUGGUCAGGUGGCGCAGGGCACUGCGAGGGAGAACAAGGGCAAGAAGAAGAGACAGCCGUGAUUGGUGAGUGCGUGGGUGGGUGGGUGGCGCUGCAUAUGUGCGCACUGUAUAGCUCUAGAGGGGGCGGGGCGUGUUUGUCGGGUUGCUGGGGCGUGGCGUCGUUCCUGCGUGUUGUGUUGUGUGUGGCGAGGGUAGUUAGCCAAUCAAUGGCGUGUCGAGUCCGUGUGUGUCUAUGCAUUCAUGCGAGCAUACAUGACAGACACGGUGGACAAACAAGCAUCACCUUACUCACUGCUGUAAC